GCAGGAGGGAGGAGGGAGGAGGGAGUAGGACAGAGAAAGUAUGCUGUUGCCCGAAACAAUCACUGACACGCAGGGACAGAACAAAGAGCCGAACUGGGGAGGCGUGAUAACGAUUUAUUGGUAACACAGAUAUUUUACACUGGGGAAGGGGCAGGACGCACUUUCAUUUUUUUACACAGAUGUCCUAAAAUGGACACCGUAGUCGCUAGCCUAGGGCUGUGUAUAUGUAGCUUAGGCUCGGGCUCAGUACGAGUAAUGGCACAGACUGAAGGAACCCUUGUGUUUCGUUCUCCCCUCUGACACAUUGCUGACUGACCUAAAUUGUUUAGAGGCGAGAGAGCUUGAGUAUAAACCUGCGGAAAGGACAUAAGAAAUACAGAGCAAAUGAAGGCUUGAGAGAAGAGGGCACCGGUAGUGUGUUGUUACGGUCCUGGCACAGUAAGAACGAAAGCUACGAGGUAUCUCUGCAAGCACCGUGUGUUUAGAAGUUAUGGAAGGAAAUUCGCAAGGAGGCAGCAGUUACACGGAGGGUGAGGAAGUGUUGGGCAACUGUGGCUCUGAGGAGCAUGAAGGGACUGCUCUCGGGCGGAACCAAGGGAAACAGAGCUGUCACUCGGUACAGCCUAAUACUGAGGAACUAGACUCUCCCCCUGCAUCGCCUCUACCCCCACCUAUAUUCUUAUAUCCCGGUGCCAGGAAGCAGAAGCAAAAUGCCGGGUCUGCCCCUCCUAAAUCCCUCGGGGCAGCGGGACAUCCACUUCAACAUUAUUCUGGCACUUCAUCUUCUCUGUCUUCAUCAUCCCCGUGGCAACCGUCCUUCCCUGAUUCCCCUUCACCAGGGUCAGGGGGUCUCUCCCCAUCCUCCUCUCUCCAGCUCAUGAUGAUGAUGAUGAACUACACUGGAGUCGGAGGAGAUCACAGCAAUGAAAAAGCCCAGAAAAAUCCCAAUUAUCUCAUGGCCAACGAACGGAUGAAUCUAAUGAACAUGGCAAAGUUGAGCAUAAAGGGCUUAAUUGAAUCUGCUCUUAAUUUGGGCAGAACUCUGGACUCGGACUACGCACCUUUGCAGCAAUUUUUUGUUGUGAUGGAGCACUGCUUGAAACAUGGGCUGAAAGCUAAGAAGACCUUUCUAGGCCAGAAUAAAUCAUUUUGGGGACCUCUCGAGUUAGUGGAAAAGCUUGUACCAGAAGCAGCAGAAAUCACAGCAAGUGUAAAAGACCUUCCAGGGCUCAGAACACCUGUAGGAAGAGGUCGUGCCUGGCUUCGUCUAGCCCUAAUGCAGAAGAAACUUUCAGAAUACAUGAAAGCCCUUAUUAACAGAAAAGAUCUCCUCAGUGAAUUUUAUGAACCAAAUGCACUAAUGAUGGAGGAAGAAGGUGCUAUCAUUUCUGGACUUCUUGUUGGGCUCAAUGUGAUUGAUGCUAAUUUCUGCAUGAAAGGGGAAGACCUAGAUUCACAGGUUGGAGUUAUUGAUUUCUCAAUGUAUCUAAAAGAGGGCCCAAUAGCUAAAUGCAGUGAAGGAGAUGGGCAAAUAACUGCCAUUCUUGACCAGAAGAACUAUGUUGAAGAACUCAACAGACAGCUAAGUGCCACAGUGAAUAAUUUGCAGGCAAAAGUGGAUGCAUUAGAGAAGUCAAACACCAAACUAACUGAAGAGCUUGCAGUUGCAAACAACAGGAUCAUAACAAUGCAAGAGGAAAUGGAAAGAAUUAAAGAGGAGACUUCGUAUUACUCUGAGGCAAGCAAAAAAGUAAAUAAGCAAGAACGGACGGCAGAUGGGCAAGCACUCAGUGAGGUGAAAAAACACUUAAAAGAGGAAACUCAGUUACGAUUGGAUAUAGAAAAAGAGCUUGAGGUGCAGAUAGGAAUGAGGCAGGAGAUGGAGCUGGCCAUGAAGAUGCUGGACAAAGAUGUUUGUGAAAAGCAAGAUGCACUGGCAGCUCUCAGGCAGCAGCUUGAUGAUCUCAGGGCCUUAAAGCAUGAAUUGUCAUUUAAACUGCAGAGUUCAGACCUUGCAUUAAAGCAGAAGAGUGAAUUAAACAGUCGUUUGGAGGAAAAGACCAAUCAGAUGGCUGCUACUGUAAAACAACUGGAACAGAGAUUGCGAGUGUCAGAAAGAGAUCGCCAGUCAGCAGAGGAAGCCAACAAGCUCUUCAAGCAAGAGUUUGGAGACAAGAUAGAGAGUCUGCAGCUGGAAGUUGAUCGGCUCAGGAAGCAUUGUUCUCAGUAUGAAGCAGAACUGAAAAAAGACAGAAAUAAGCACAUUUCCAGUAAUCAUAAAGGAUCCCCUGAAACCAAAACAUCGCCUAUGGGAGGGCUUCUACAAAGAAACAGAAAGAAAAUGGUAAAUGAGGAUAUACAUCAGUACAGAGAAGUGGAUGGUACUGAGAGACCACAGAGUGCUGUCAACGAGAAAAAUGAAUCCCAGAUGAGCAAUUCAUUAUCAUCUUCAUCAUCUGUUGUAUCUGAGAGUGAGGAUUCUGUUCUAGAAACCGGCCAUUCUCAGGUGUGCCAACUGUGCCAAUCCGAAUUCAGCAACUUGCUUUCAAAGAAUGUAUGCAAGAACUGUGGAGGAAUAUUUUGCCCGUCAUGUUCAGCAAACGAACUGCCUCUACCUUCAUCUAUUAAUCCUGAGCGAGUAUGUAACCCAUGCCACAAGAAGUUGAUAGAGCAGUACUCCUACAGCCCAUCCUAAAACAAAAUCUCAGCCAGGACUGUGGGUGUAGUAACUUGACAAACUGCAAUCCUUGUACUGCCUGGCAAUCUCGUCUAAUAGGAUUACCAGUGCGGUAUGGCCUUCUCAGUGGCCAGUCGAUUAGGGAGAACCCCCGAGGAGGAGGCCUACCUUUUUUAUGAUUUUUUUUUUUAAACAAUCAGAACAUUAUUAAAAGGUCAGUGUAGAUAGUAAACAAACUUAGAACCUUGAAUUCCAGCAUGUGAAGUGUGCUGUUUCAAACUCUUAUCUGUAAGAUUCAAGGGGUAUUCCUGCUGCAACAGAAUUUGAAGAUCAGUGUUUUCCUUCAUUUUGUGGGAACCACCAGAUGAUGUUAUGGAUACAGUAUGAAUCAAGGAUCCCUGCCCUUUGCUGUUGUGGAACUGCUCCCAAUAACUUUUUUAAUAAUGUUUUUUGUGUUAUUGCAGCUGUUAUUAUAACUGAAAUGAAAUGGGGUCUUGUCAUGGGAGAGCCUUCAGAAGCUAAUAGCAGAGAUAUAUAUUUGUAUAUAUUAUAGACUUACAGAGAUAUUUUGCACUAGAAUUGCUGCACUCUCCAUAGUAUCUAGGUAAUUUGCACCAUCCAUGUCAAUCCCUCCUAUGACAUGACUGCAUGUGAAACUAGGUUACUGUUUUCCCCUUCAUAUACAUGCUAGUAACCACAGGGUAAAUUGGUAAAUUAAAACAAGCUUUACCUUUUGUAAACGUGUGAAAGAACAGACAUCACUGGACAGCUUCACUGAACUACAAAAAGGGGCAAAAACACCAGUAAAAUGCUUCAUAUAAAAUAUUGGGCCACUGAUAUCAAUAUAUUUUCUUUUUAUUGCAGUUCUUUGCUCUUCACUUUUCCAUAUGUGCUUUUCUUGUCUACUAGAAAGAAGCACUUAUCCUAAAAAAACAAGAAGAAACACUUGUCCGUGGGUUAAAUCUAUAUUUGGGUUGCCAUACAUGACCAGAUAAACAGUAGCCUUAUGGCACUAUAGGACGUACCCUUUGAAGCAGCCCCAUACCUUAGCCAAUCAGCUUCCUUAGUUCACUCCUCUGCUGCAGUGGGAUCAUUAGUUAUUUGUAUGCUUUUUUUUAACUUAUAAUAGCUUUCUGAAAAUGUUUGUAGGAUGCCCAUCACUGCCACCCUUGCCCAGCCACAGUAGUGGGUGGCUGUAAUUGACAAUUAGUGUGAAGACACACUAAGCUUCUAGUAGCAGCUACUUUUUAUUGAGGCUACUAAACUCCAGAAAAUACAUUGCCAUAGACAAUAAUGAGAAUUGCCUCUGCUAAAACACACAUAUAGACAAUUAUUAGUAAAUGAUCAGCAUUGUCUGUUUUAGUAGCCACUACAAGGAGCUGCUACUAGUAGCUCAGUGUGUCUCAGAGCUACACCCUGUGGUAACUGGACAAUACAGGGAGCUUCUGUCAGCUCCAUCCACAGGAUUUCCACAUUACAUGCUUGACUUUCAGUACUGCCCCUUGCAAGUAGGGAAGCCCCCGAAUCCGCUAUUUUCAGAUUUGGCUGAACACCGAAUCCUUUGUAAAAUAUUUGGCCGAAUCCUAAUUUGCAUAUGCAAAUUAAAAAUUUCAACUUAUGUGACAAAAAUCAUGAACCAAAUCCUGGAUUCGGUACAUCACUACUUGCAACACGUUCUUUAAAUAAAUAAUAAGCCACUUCCUUACCCCAUUUGGACAGGAGGGGGUGCAUCAGAUGUGGGGACCCAGGCCAUAAGCAUGCCUCUAAACCCGUAAUUACAUUGUGGUGGAAGUUUUGGGUUCCCUCAGUCAAAAGCCCUUGAUCCUUUCUAGCAUUUUAAAGGAAAUCUUAGCACAUUUGUAGGACAAGUACAGUAACAUAUCCUCCAGUUUUCCUAUGGAUAACAACACACAUUUCCAUAAAUAAUGUACACUCCUAGCUUGUGCUUAUAUUAUAAUUGCUUUCUCAGCAACAGCUGCCUUAGCAUUUCUGGCCAUACAAAAUAUUUGCUUACUGUUACAAUUUAAAAGCUGGAUGUUUUCCCAAAGUGGGUUCAUAAUCUUCUUUUAAGCUCUUAAAUGCCGGCCUCCUUUUAAAAAAGCUGUUGUUGAGAUCAGCAAAAAGCACCUGCCAAACAGCUGAUUGUUGGGUCUGAAAAGCUCUCCAGCUGUGUGAUCUGUCAGAACCACUGUCAUGCAACAUGUACAUGGACUGAGGUUUAAGUUAGGCCCUGGCAGCCCCCACAGGAGCAAAAUAAAGUACAGGUCUAUAAAAAAUGAGAGCAGCCCCACUUGCAUUCGGUCAAGCAAGUGACACUAUGUAUCUACAUCUGAAGAUUCUUUCUUUCAGCAUUGUUUAAGGGGAGUGGGUCCACACCUGCACCCUACGUUUUGCUGCACUAAGCACAGCACUUUUAUACACAGAUGGGCAGUCUGUUUUGCUCAUGAAGUAGCUUCUCACAAAUCCUUAAUGGGUAGGGACACUUGGGCUUCCUAAUGGCUCCAUAGGCAUUAGCACUUCCCUGUUGAGUAUUUGUUUUCCCACAGCCAGACAAGAGCUGGCAAACUCCGUUUCACUCUGAUGUAUACUCUAUACUCAAGUCUUAAGUUGGUUAUACAAGGGCUGGUAAAGCUGCUGACAGUGGACAAAUCAGUUAAAUCAGCUAAAAAGGCUACAACAAAUUGGAACAUGAUCCAUGCAUAGUAGGCCAACCCAUUAAAGCUGUAUGUAAAUAAUACCAAAUAGAAUAGUCUAGUGUAGGAAAAAAAUGUGAUUUCUCUUAUUGAGACCAACAAAUGUGUUAUGUGCAAACAGAUCUUUUGUGAGGUUAAAUAAUGCUACCCUUUUGUGCACAUAUUUUGAUAUUUAAUUAUUUUAUUACAUAUUUUGCUGACUUUGAGAAUGCUGCUACAAGGUUAUAAAUUACAUUGUCUUUUAAUGAUUAUAAAGCUUUUCUGGUGAAAGUUCUUGCAAAUUGCAAGCAUAGUAAAGGUUUCUGGUUAAAAUGACAGUUUAUGAGGGGUAUGCACAAGAAGCUAUAAUUCUGGAUUUAGACAAUAUUUAUUGUGCAUCUCAUUAAAGAAACCUUUUUGGGGACAUAUAAA